GCCAUCCGCCAUUGUUGCCUCCACUUACAUCUCUUAAUGCAACUGCUUCCGCAUCCUUCUUCCUCUGUCGACCCUACUCUUCUUCUUCUUCUUCCUCUUGUUUAAGCAGCUGUGAGAGCUGCUCCAACGGUCCAACCGCAAGUCUGAACUCUGAACCAACCUAUAACUUCUUCGACGAAGCACAGACAGCCCUUGCAUUGUUUGAUAUCCAGCUGGGUUACGAAGAUGGCUUCCACGAUCUUUAGAAGCCUUCAUACGAACCCUUGUUUGCUCCAUCCAACUGCACUACUUAGAAGAAAAGAUGUCAUUUUGUAUUGCACAAUGAGGAGUGCACAAACCCAGACAGCCGCUACACCAGAUAAGGUUAAGCCACAAGUGAAAGUAGCACCGAAUAUUCAGAACAAAACACUCGAGAAAGCAUCAAAGGACUAUGAAGCAGUCAUAGGUAUAGAAACUCAUGUCCAGCUCAACACUCUUACCAAGGCCUUUUGUAGUUGCCCGUAUAAUUAUGGCUCUCCACCGAACACUAGCGUCUGCCCCGUAUGCAUGGGUCUGCCUGGUGCUUUACCCGUUUUGAACAUGAAGGUCAUUGAAUCUGCAAUUAAAGUCGGGCUUUCACUCAAUUGCAAAUUGUCAUUCAACUCAAAGUUUGAUAGGAAACAGUACUUUUACCCGGACCUUCCGAAGGGUUACCAAAUAUCACAGUUUGAUGUUCCAAUUGCCACCGGUGGCUACAUUGAUGUGGAUCUUCCUUUGGAGUAUGGUGGCGGGCAUAGGAAAUUCGGCAUUACAAGAGUUCACAUGGAAGAGGAUGCAGGGAAGCUGCUUCAUUCAGAAGGUGGAAGUUACUCACAGGUUGAUUUAAACAGAGCCGGGGUGCCCUUGCUUGAGAUUGUUUCUGAACCUGAUAUGAGAACUGGUAUUGAAGCUGCAGAAUAUGCUGCAGAAUUACAGAGGUUGGUUCGGUACUUGGGAGUGAGUAAUGGGAAUAUGCAAGAAGGUUCACUUCGUUGUGAUGUGAAUAUCUCUGUUCGACCAAUUGGGAACAUAGAGUUUGGGACAAAGGUGGAGAUAAAAAAUUUGAAUUCAUUUUCCUCUGUGAGCAGGGCAAUAGAUUAUGAAAUCUCCAGGCAGGUGCUUCUUCAUAGUCAAGGCGAGGACAAAGAAAUUGUACAGGAAACUCGUCUAUGGGAAGAAGGAGCUCAGAAAACAGUUACAAUGAGAAAGAAAGAAGGACUUGCUGAUUACCGAUAUUUCCCAGAACCAGACCUUCCAGGAGUUUUCCUCACCCAAGACUAUGUUGAUGGCAUUCGUAAUACAUUGCCUGAACUUCCAGAAACGAAGCGUCGGAGAUAUGAAAAGAUGGGUCUGAGUAUGCAGGAUGUUCUUUUUCUGGCCAACGACGUAAACGUUGCAGAGUUUUUUGAUACUACUAUUACAAAGGGUGCUGAUGUGAAGCUAGCUACCAACUGGAUAAUGGGUGAUAUUGCUGCCUACAUGAAAAAUGAAAAAUUGACCAUCGAUGAGAUUAAGCUUAGCCCCAAAGAGUUGGCUGAGUUAAUAGCUUCCAUAAAAGAUGGGACUAUUAGUGGGAAAAUAGGGAAAGAGAUACUGUUUGAGCUUCUAGCCAAGGGUGGUACUGUGAAGGGGCUGAUUGAAGAAAAAGAUUUAGUACAGAUAGUAGAUCCUGCUGAGAUUGAAAAAAUGGUAGAAAAGGUGGUGUCGGAGAAUCCAAAGCAGCUGGAACAAUAUCGUGGUGGAAAAACUAAACUGCAAGGUUAUUUUGCUGGGCAGGUAAUGAAGCUAUCAAAAGGAAAAGCAAAUCCAGGACUCCUAAACAAGAUCCUUUUAGAGAAAUUAAACGCCAAAAGCUGAUUAAGUUCCAGAUGAUGCAAUAUCGUGGCCAUCAAUCGCAAACAAGCAUUGUCAAAAUCAAAUGAAUUCACUCAAGCUGAAGCGUUUUGACAUUUUGUGGCCUCCAGUUUAUCUUGCUUACGGUAGAAGCAUAUUUUGCAGCUACUGCUGAACCAGUAGUCAGCAGCCGCUUGAGAUUGUUUACGUGCCUCAUCCCGAGUAUGGAAUGAAGGUUACCUGGAGAAUGUAGAAAUGAUUGACUUGUAACCUCACCCUCUUCCAGUAAUUUUGGUGUUCAAAUAUUAAUUUAUAUAUAAAAGAAAUGAGAUCGAUUACAUAACA